GCGUUGAUGGGAGUGUUUAUCCGGAGCAACUCCUUUCUGUUUUACCCGGCUGCGGUCAUUUAUUGCUGAGAUCAGUCCUGGUGUUUUUGUCUCCGGUUCGAGUGGAGUCCCGGUCCUCGUGUCCUCGUGCUGCUGCUUGUCUGGGAGGCUGAAAACCAUCACCGCUGUGUCCAGUGUUCACAGGUGACAUCUCAGUGUCUGUAGAGGACAGAAGUCAGCCGGGGACGAGGAUCCGUGUCAAUCGGUCUGAGGGAUUGCCCAUCGAAGCACACCAAAGAGAGCCUCUCCUUGUGGGUGUGUGUAUGUGUUUUUCUCAGGAUCUGUUUUGUGUGAGAAAUCCAUCUCCAUCCAGCACCACCAACCAAGAAAUAUCAUCAAUAUCCACCGUGCCAGGCCCGCAGAGCCCGGCGUGCUCUUUGCCAACUCUUCCCUUGGCCCCCUUCGCACCGUCUGCAUACGCUGGCACAGCAGCACUUUAGGACUGCUAAUCAUGAGCGAAUUCUGGUUGUGCUUCAACUGCUGUAUCGCCGAGCAGCCACAGCCGAAGCGGCGGAGGCACAUUGACAGGAGUAUGAUCGGCGAGCCUACAAACUUCGUCCACACAGCGCAUGUGGGAUCUGGAGAUUUGUUCAGCGGCAUGGACUCUGUGAACUCAAUUCAGAACCAAAUGCAGUCAAAGGGGGGAUACGGAGGUGAGACCAUGCCCAUCAAUGUGCAGAUGCAGCUGGUAGACACAAAAGCAGGAUAAUUCCUAACUUGAGGAGGCUUCCACUGCAUCAGUGUAUCCAUUCCGACGCUUUCCAUAUCCUCCCAGCAACCCCCUGUUCUCACCAAGCAAACCCACGGACUAUCAUGCACUUCACGGGAAUGAGGAUACCCUGCUACCAUGGCUGUCAGUAUCCUCGCCACCCUCAUAAUGGACGCUUGCAUGCCCUGUCAUCGACCGCCUAGCAGUGCAUGGUGUAACCUGGCCUAUUUGUCAGUGGUUUGAACAGCUCAUUUUUCUCAGCACUCACUCAUACAUGAAGGUCUGGAACCUCCAAAUACAAACUUUGUCGUUUUGUUUUACUUCCUAUUUUCCUUCACAGACUUUUUGAGUUGAAAACCUGGCAUGAAACAUGCCAACGAUGUUCAUAUAUAAAAUGUCGCUAGUUUUGGCCGUGCAAUGCCAAAUUUCAAUGGAAUGAUGACUCGCUUCUGAGCCGAAGUACCUUUUUAUGACCGAAGCUCAAACGAAUGCUGUUUUUGUAAGAAGUGUGAUUGUUCUGUUUACGCCAUUUCAGAUCACAUUCCUUGUAUCUUUUGUUUUUCUUUGGGGUAAAGUAUAAUUCGAGCGACAGUAACUGAGGCUGAAAUGCACAACUGACAUUUCUCUCAUCACACUGCUGUAAAUGUUUUCUCAUAAACUUGAUAAAAAGAUGCUCAAAUUCUAGUCAUUUGCUGUACAGUCGACGUGAAAAAAACGACAAUGUCGUCAAUGUCCUAAUGCUUUAACCUGAUAUUGAGACAAUAUUUAUGAGAUUGGAGAAGAUCUUGAAAUUUGGGCCGAUUCACUCUCUCUGUUGUACUUGCAGUCUUUGGGGAAAUAUAAUGUAACCUUUUAGAUAAUGCUUUCGCAGUUUUACUUGCUUUUAUACGAACGCCCAAAAUCUGCCAUUUAUCGUUUAAACUAUUAUUCUCAAAAUCUGUGGGUUGAGAUACUGAUGUUUUUAAAUGGUUAUGGAACUAAAUAUGUUGUAUCAAAUUGCACUAAUUUUUCAUAUCGAUAACAUACAUCAAGAAAUCUUGGAAAUGGGAAGUAUACUUACAAUAGAUGACCUUAUAUGAGUCAUGUUGUUCAGGCUUCUCUCCAAGAUACUGAAAGUAAUCAAGUUUAGAAAUAAGAUUAGCUUUGACUGUCAUUAUACAAGUCACAUUAUUUAUGAAUUUGUAACUCAAACCCUCAGUUUGGAGUGAUGUAUAUCAGUGCCAGGCCCAAGAAUGUUAAACGAUGGUAAAGUUUAAAUUAAAUAAAAGGUCCUCCAGUCUAAUGUGUGAACCCACAGCUGAAUGUCCAAUUGUCGUUUUCUCAAGUGCUUUGUUUGUAUAUACUGUGUAUUUUGUGUGCCACAACCUGAACUAUGCUAAUUUAUUUUUUCCUUAUUCCUUCUGUGUGACUCCCCCCAAGAAAUCGCCCUCCUCCUCCCCCUAAAAUUUUAGCGUCAUGUCUUUAUAAAUUUAUCUCAUUAUUAUUGUGUUGCCAAAAUGAAGAAUUUUGGCAGGGUUUGUUAGUUUAUAGCUGGAUAAAGUGAAAUGUUUUUCUGGUGCUCUAAAUAAAGGUGUGGUUCAAGGAUCGACAGACACCUGUGAUGUAUACAGAGGUGCCAACAUCACAUCUACAGUUUUAGCAUUUAUGAUUAUUGAUCCAUUGAAAAAUGAUGUUUUUCUACUUUCUGACAUAAAGCAGCUGUAAAACAAACAAACAAACAAAAAAAUCACUCGGUAGAAAAACUACUUCGGCGGAAAGGACGCAGGACGUGAAAAGUCCAUUUCUUGAUUAUUUAGGAUUUGUGUGAAUUUGUGAACCAGUAGAAAACGUGCUGAGCUUUGGUCUCUUUGGUCGGCAAAAACACAGGGUCUCUACAAGCCUCUACUAGGAUUUUCUUGUUAACCAUGUUGGCACCUCUGUCUGUAUAAAAAUGGUAACCAGUGAAGACGUUAAUGAUCAAUUUCACACAAAAUAUUGAGCUUUUUGGCGACAGUGGUGUAACUGGCAUGCGUUGGAAUUGCAUUGACCCUCAGCCUCUGUUCACCACAGAUGGAUUUCAUCAUCAGGGAUUUCAAAAAGCUAUUGUUUUAGAUGCCCGAGCACAUUUUUAUACAUUUAACGCUUGUUAUUUUGCAUUCUAUGUUGGCUUGUACAUUACCAAAUGUGUUCACUUGAAAUAAAUAUUUUUUCCAUGUUA